CAGAAGCGAGAGAGAGAGAGAGAGAGAGAGAGAGAGAGAGAUGGAACGAUCUCAGAUCUGGUUCGCUCUCGGAACCGUAAUUCUAGCUCUGCUCUUCGCCUGCGUCCUUGCCGACGACGACGUCUUCGUCCUCACCGAGGCCAACUUCGAGAAGGAGGUCGGCCAGGAUCGCGGCGCCCUAGUCGAGUUUUACGCCCCUUGGUGUGGACAUUGCAAGAAGCUUGCUCCUGAAUAUGAAAAGCUGGGCUCAAGCUUUAAGAAGGCUAAAUCUGUUUUGAUUGGGAAGGUGGACUGUGAUGAACACAAGGGCUUAUGCAGCAAGUAUGGAGUUUCAGGUUAUCCAACAAUUCAGUGGUUUCCCAAAGGUUCCUUAGAACCAAAAAGAUAUGAAGGCCCACGAACUGCAGAAUCACUUGCUGAAUUUGUGAAUACUGAAGGAGGAACAAAUGUGAAGCUGGCAUCUAUCCCUUCCAAUGUAGUAGUUCUCACCUCUGAGACAUUUGACCAGAUCGUCCUUGAUGAAACUAAAGAUGUCCUUGUGGAAUUCUAUGCACCAUGGUGUGGACACUGCAAGCAUCUUGCCCCUACUUAUGAGAAGGUAGGCUCUGCAUACAAAUUGGAAGAGGAUGUUAUAAUUGCUAACUUGGAUGCUGAUAAACACAAGGAUUUAGCAGAAAAGUACGGAGUAAGUGGUUAUCCUACACUGAAGUUUUUCCCCAAGGGCAACAAAGGUGGUGAAGACUAUGACGGUGAUCGCGACUUAGAUGACUUUGUUAAAUUUCUUAAUGAGAAGUGUGGCACCAGUCGGGAUGCGAAUGGCCAACUUACUUCACAGGCUGGCAUUGUAGCAAGCUUAGAUGCUUUAGUGAAGGAAUUUGUGAGUGCCUCUGAUGAUGAACGGAAGACAAUCCUGUCUCGGAUGGAAGAGGAGGUUGAAAAACUUACAGGUUCUUCUGCAAGGUAUGGCAAGACAUACUUGAAGGCUGCAAAAAGCUGCAUCGAGAAAGGCGCCAACUAUGCUACUAAGGAAAUCGAGCGGCUGCAACGCAUGUUGGCUAAGUCAAUUAGUGCUUCCAAGGCAGAUGAGUUCAUCAUCAAGAAGAACAUCCUGUCCACUUUCUCAGCCUAAUCUAAGAUUUUGCUCUCAAAACAUUUCCGAGAGGAAUACUUACAGCCGAGAAGUGGGUCCCACAUGUUAGAGAUUCCACUUCGAAAUCAACUCAUCCCUUAACUUAGGAUUGGAUAUUUUUAUUGUGAUCUUUACAAUCAAACUGAUGUCAUCAUUUAUGAUUAUAUGGUUGAACUAUAGUCAAAAGGGUCUGUCACUGAGACAUCAAAAAGAAAAAAGAUUGCUGGUUGGUAGCAUGCUUUGAACUUUGAUUCACUGUAUGAUAAAUAAAUAAAAAAUGCAGGAUCAUAUA